UGUAACCCUAAUAAUAUUAAUAUCAUAUUUUAUUAUAAAAUUUCUUCAUAUGUGAUAUUAUUAUUUAAAAAAUGUUACGAUUAACACAAAAUCUAUCGUUAUUAUGGUUGCUAUGGCUUUUAUUUUAUAAUUAUUAUUGUCAUGGCAACAAUCACAACAAAUCUUUUAUAAACAAUGGAUAUUUUCAUGAAUUAAAUCAUGAUCUAUAUACUGAAUCAUUUAAUUCAAUGAAUCAUUUCUUUAACAAAAAUGUAUAUACAAAUUUAAAAUUGCCUCAAAGUAAAACAUCAUGUACAAAUGAUAUACUUAAUAUUAUAUUGGGUAUAUAUGAAAAGAAAAGUUGGGCAUUACAAUGGUUAGAUGCUACAACACAUCCUCCAUCAGGAAUUCUAGGUGGUGCUGUACAUUGGGUGGGAAGUUAUGAUGUAUGCCUUAAAUGUUUAGGAUAUCAUUCAAUUGAAAAUGAAGAACCGAAAUUUCAUGGAUCAUAUUGUACUAUGGUAUUUAAUAUGAAUACUUCUAUAGCAAUUAUUCCGGAAUUAAGAAUGUCCAUUGGAUUAUGUAUGCCUAAUACUUGUACUAGUGAAGAGGUUAGAAGUAUUAUCAAUACAACUGCGUAUUAUCUCUUACUUAGAUUGAAUCAAAAGGAAAGUUUUUGUCAUCGACUUGUUGGUGAUGUUCAAAAAGACACAUGGUAUUACAUAGCUAUAUCAAUAUGUUCAGUAUUAACUAUCCUUGUGAUAAUUGCCACAAGUAUAGAUAUGUUUUUAUACAUUAAAUGGUAUCAUAUACAACAUUUAAACAAGUAUAUUACUGGAAUAAAUCAUAUCUCCGAAAGAAACUCAAUUGAAAAUGUAAAUCAUAUUGAAGAACAAACAUAUCGUUCAUUAGAAUCAGAUGAUAUUAUCCAUAAUGAUCAAGAACUGGAAAGUGUGAGGCUAAUUGAUGAGAAAUACUUGACAACAUUCAAUGAAUAUAGAAAAUGUAUUUUGGAAAAACGUAUUGUCACCAAGAUACUAUGUGCUUAUUCAUUACCAAUUAAUACAAUGAAAUUAUGUGCAAAAAGAAAUGAAGAUAAUAAAUCUAAUGGAACACAUAAUAUCUCAUUAACAUUUUUUGAUGGUAUUCGAUGUAUUUCAAUGGUCUGGAUUAUUGGAGCACAUAUAUUACUGCAUGGUUAUAAGUUGACAAAUAAUUUAUUGAUAUUAGCUGGUGAAUUUCGACGUAUUUGGCUAUUCGGAAUGUAUUUCAAUGGACAUUUAGCUCCAGAUAUCUUCUUUUUUAUGUCGGGUUUAUUAAUAUGUUAUUUAUGUAUGGGACGAAUCACAAAUGUAAAUGGUGUAAAAAACUAUAUGAAAUUUUGGUUAAUGUUAAUCGUACAUCGCUUUAUCAGACUUACUCCAGCUUACCUUGUUACAGUUAUCUUCUUUACGGGUUUAUUAAAUCAUAUAUACGAUGGACCAUUUUUUCCUCAAGAUAUACAUUCACCAGUAAUAGAGAAUUGUCGAAAACAUUGGUAUUUCUUUUAUUUAACUAAUGUAGUCGAUUUUCAGAAUAGUUGUUUACAAUGGUCGUGGUAUAUUGCAAAUGAUAUACAAUUCACUGUAAUUUUGGCUCCAAUUUUUAUAACUUUACUUAUGUGGAAACGAAUAACUGGAAUUCUAUUCGCUCUUUCAUUUAUUCUAUUAUCUUCAUUAAUCACUUAUUUCACUGCCUAUAUUCAUUCAUUUGAAAUUAUGGAUAUAGUUAAAGAAGAAAUCUAUGUGAGACCAUAUACACGUUGUGGAACAUAUAUGAUUGGAAUGUUAACCGGCUGGUUAUUAUAUGAUUAUCCUAGAGUUGAAAUGAGAAAUACACGGAGAAAUCAGAUUUUUAUUGUAUCAAUUGGUUACCUAGUCGCAGCAUUUCUUUUCGUUCUACCAAUAUUCGUUUCCUAUGGUGUAUUGAGUGGAUUACUGACUGAGAUGAGUCAUAGAACAGCAGCCGCUUAUUUAGCAUUCCAUCGUGUGUCGUUUACUUUAGGCAUUGGCAUUUCAGUUUACUUAUGUGCAACAGGAUGGGGAAAGCCUAUUAACAAUCUGUUUGCAUGGUCUGGAUUUCGUGUACCAGCUCGUCUUACUUAUAACGCUUACUUAAUUCAUCCUAUCCUUGUUAUAAUAUUCAUUAAUGGUGCACAAACUCCAUUUAUCAUAGAUCAAUUGGAGGUUGAUCCGUGAACAAACAUUAACUUCAGGUAAAGAACAGUCCUCAAGGUUUAACUUUACUCAAUAUUUGCUCUGUUAUAGCAAUCAUUAUGAUUUUUUUUGAAGUGAGGAAAAAAUUACUAUUCAGAUCAGGUAAACAUAUUUAAAGAAGAUUCAUACUCUGACCUGAGUCAAUCCAUUAUGAAUACUACUUUUUUGGUGCAGUAAAUCUUAUUAAUAAUUAAACUACCCACCUCAUGAAGCACAUCAUCGAAUGUAUCAUACAUGUUAUGUGAACAACACUAAUAAUAAAAUUAAUAAUAAUAUCCGUUUAUUUUCAGGUUCGUUUAACAGCUUCAACAACUGUAUUCAGUUAUAUCGUAGCGUAUAUCCUAUCAAUGACAACUGAAUAUCCUAUAAGUAUAUUAGAGAAAUAUCUCUUUCGUUAAAGAUUUAUCUACAUUAUUUAUCAGAUAUUUAUUACACACAAUUAUAUCUUACCCUUUUUAUAAUUGUCUAUUGUGACGAUGAUAACAUUAUUUUGUCAUUUUUUUUUAUACAUGUAUGACUUGUACUGAAAAUCGGAAAAAUAUUUUUGUUUCCAUGUUUUUUGUUCUUUAAAUCUCAGAUUAAAAGUUUGUCUAUAGUAA